GUGGUGUGUAGCUGCCUGCGUUGCAGUCAAAGGUCGAGACGCCGGUUAGCUUCCGGAAAGUCAGUCUAACGCCAGAUGAAGCGUGAUGCAUCCAGAGCAUCCCAGAACUGGCUUCACCCUGCAGAGAUGGCAGGCAUGUUCAGCCCCCUGGAGCAUGCUGAGCACCGGCUUACUGCAGGGCCUCCUCCAGAGUGCCAGGCCUCUUUCCUUCUGCUUCCUGCUCCCAAGGGUCCAUGCAGCUGAUGUGGCUGCUGCCCAGCCUGCACAGAUGCUCUCCUCCUCCUCUUCCUCCUCAACCAGCCCAGCUCCUGCAUCCAUCUCCCAUCCAAGCACCCUGCCAAUCCACAUAGGCACGCCAGAAUUCCCAGACACAGGAUGGGACCGCAUCAAGGACCUUUUUGACAGAGAUGCGACAAAUAAAUACUCAGAGGAGCUGACCAACGUGAUAAAGAGCGGUGUCGUGGGCGCACUAGCGGGCUUGUGUUAUGGAGGUUUGCCAGCCGCACGUCAUGCCAGGCAGAGGUAUAUCCAACUGAGCCAGGCAGAAGUCUAUACCACUCGUGUGGAUGCAGUGCGCUCAGCCCAUAAUGCGGCUAUCCGGGGCUUUGUGAGAUACGGGUGGAGGUGGAGCUGGAGAGUGGCUGCAUUCGUCGCUUUGUUCAACUCAGUCAGCACAGGUCUGUCUGUGUACCGGGACAAGUAUGCCCUCAGUCAUUAUGCUGCAGCUGGAGCUGUCACUGCAGGACUUUUCAGACUGAACCUGGGCCUGACAGGAAUGGUAGCAGGGACCAUCAUCGGCGCAGUGCUCGGGAUUCCCACUGGUGCUCUGAUCAUCAGCAUGCAGUCUCUGGCCGGAGAAACUGUCCGAGAGAGGAGAAGGAGAGAGCGUAAGGAACUUUAUGAGCUCAGGCUCGCUGAAUGGACGGCCCGUUUGCAGUUGACAGAUGAGCUGAUAGGAGAUCUGAAGGUUGGUUCUCAGGAAGAGGAAACCAAAAAGGACAUGGAGCGAAUCCAGGAACUGCUCAGUUUACCACAGAAUGAGGUCAAAACUCUGGACUCUAGCAGCCAGUGACAGUCGCUGUCUCACUACCUGUUUUCUCCAACUGGGACUUGACCUAAGUGUGAGGAUUAACCGGUCACUUCUUCACCUGGACUCUGAAACACACCAUCUCUGCAGCAGAAUGGAAAUGGCUUCACAUUAAAGGCAUUGUUGUAUCUCACAAAUCAAUUGUCAAGGGGCCCAUAAUUAUUUAUAUUCAGGUAUAUAAAUAACCCAUAUAUUGGGUUUUGUGUGUUCAGACCUUGUAAUUACAUCCAUCCACAGUCAGUUAGUUACAAGUGAACAGUUCAACAGUUCGUAUCUGACAUUAACAUGCAGAAUUUGAUAUUAUUUAUUUGACCUGAAUAAUCAAGUCACUUAAGCGUUGAUCGUAUUUAUAAUACAUGUCUGCAGUUAUUUUGUCUGCUGCUAAUUAAGAUUAAAUGUCAAUUUGAAAUGGAGUACAGGGGAAAUCUGAAAUCAGAAUAUUGUGCUCCUUCCACAGCCAACAGUUGGCCAUUAGUGUUUUUCAGGUUUAAUUGGACUCAUGAUUUUUGGACAAUUUUUGUUAGUUGUUAGAUUAAUCGUGUAAAACAAAACCAUUAUGAUCUAAAGACAAAUUCAUAAUGUUACCAUUGUUUGUGACAUGAUGAAACCCAAUAAAACAUCCUUCAGUUUCCACAUUUA